CUUUCCAGUUGUACUCUUUUUUUUUUUUUUAUCUGCUAAAUAUAUUAAAUUUCUUCCCUUUUUUCAGCUUCUGCGAACUUGUUGCCUUGAUUCCUCAUGCCAGAAUCCCUUGUAUUUUUCCCACAGAUCCUCUUAUCUUAGGCAAGUUCGCGAUCCAUUUCUUUGCUGCUGCUACUGCAUCUCUGUAGCUAGAUUUGAUUUUCCACGGAUCGGAUUUUUCAACAGGAAAAGGGGAUAUGGCGGCCAUUAAAGCACUCUCGAUUUCUUGCUCUCUGCAUUUUCUGAAGAGGCUUGUUUGAAUCUCGGAUUGUUUUUCUCGAUGCUUCUAGCAUAUUUCUGCACAAUUCUUCUGUUCCAAGCGGCGAUUGCUCAACCGAGAUCGGAGCUCUCAGCUAUCGCGCUCGAUUCUCUGCUCCAGGACUACGCGUUUAGGGCUUUAGUCAGGCCGAAGACCGGCAUUGUCUACGACGGCAAUGUGCCGUCCAACUUGACCGGCAUCGCCGUGGCGGCGCUGCGGCUCAGGAGCGGCAGCCUGCGGCGGAAGGGGGCGGCGUACAAAGAGUUUCGCCUCCCAGUAGGUGUCACUGCGCAGCCCUAUGUUGAGAGGCUUGUGUUAGUCUACCACAAUUUGGGCAAUUGGUCUUCAUCAUACUAUUCUCUUCCCGGCCAGACGUUUUUAGCACCGGUUUUGGGGCUUUUAGCCUACGACGCUUCCAAUUUAUCGGCCAAAAAUCUCUCGGAGCUCGAUAUUAUGGCCGCCGCCGACCGCAUUUCGGUCACAUUUCCCGCGGUUCGGGCCGGGCCGGGCGGGUUACCGCCUAAAUGCGUGCAUUUCGCGUUGGACGGUAGCGUGGAGUUCGACAAUGUGGUGAAUGGGACGACUUGUUUGACUGCUGACCAGGGGCAUUACUCAAUUGUGGUGGAGACGGUGGCGGCGCCGGCGCCAGCGCCCAGCGGAGGUGCGCCGCCGAGUAUCCCCGCGAAGGGGAAGGGAAAGGGGAAGAAGAGGAUUUGGAUAAUUGUGGCUGCGGUGUUGGGAGGGGUGGCGCUGGUGUUGGCGCUGGCGGUGUUGUUUGCUUACGUGAGGAGGUGUCGGCGGCGGAAAAAGAUCCGGCGGAUGGAGCACGCGGCUGAGGUGGGGGUGCCGCUGCCGAUGACCGCCGUGGGGAACACGAAGGCGCCGGUGGCGAUGGAGACGCGGACGAAGCCCUUGCUGGAGAAUGAAUUUGUGCCCUAAUUUCUGCGACAGGUUGUAAAAGUAAUUGCGACAAGAAUCUGAAAAAGAAGGCGAGUAUGAGAGUGCGAGUAGGUAAAUACAAAUGACAGGCUGUUUAGAGAGACUCCAAAAAUAUGACAUUGUUUUGUAUAAAAACAACACACAAAAGGCAGCCUCAGUUGGGACUAGAGCUUUUACAUCACGUUGCUGCACGUGAACACCCUACUGCUUCAUUUUUAUUUUUCUAUUUUUUCUACUAAAAUUGUACAUUUACCCUUGUAACUCUAAACUUUUAUUCUCUUGAUUCAAAAAACAUUUUUUUUAA